AUGCCUGGUCCCUCUUCUUCCACCAACCCUUCUUCUUCUCCUCUCAUCAACCAGGGUCCUCCGCACAGGAUCACCCCCCUGGUGGGCCCCGACACAGCCCCUUCUUCCUCCCGCAGCGUCCAAGGCAGUCAGAGCCAGCGCCAAAUCAGCGCGCUAAACGCAAGACUAGCUGAUGCCGAAGGCAUCAUCUCUCGCCAGGAGGGCGAGCUUGACCACGCCAAAUCUCAGGCGUCGGCUCUGCGAUCCCAAAUGGCAUCUGAACGACGCACCACCCGAUUGCUUGAUCAGCACGAGAUGGAGGCCAUGAUCAAACAGUCAACCAAAAGCCAGUCCCAGAACAUUGAGGCUCAGCUGAGGAUCCUUGAAGACCAAUUGGACCAGACAGCGGAGAACCUCGAAUUGGCUGAGGGCAAGAAAAAGGCCCUCCUAGAUUGCAAGCAGCAACUGGCCAAAGACCAGGCAGAUUUGCGGGACUUGCGCCAGAUAGUCGCCGCAGCAGAAUACAAUGUCCGACGACAUGAACGCCUUACAGGUGCGGAAGACCGAGUCAAAGGCCUCCUCAAGAAUAUGGAGAAUAUGCUUGCCGCGGUCAUGCAAGAUACAAGGUUUAACCAGGCGCAGACUCGUGAUGCACAGAUUGCUGAGUCCUCUGCCAACCGUGUGGGUAUUGCACCCCGCCAUGUCGUGCGAAGCCAGGACCUAGGCUCCCAUGGGCAUGCAUUUGAUUCUCACCCGCCGAAACUCGACAAGGGAAAGGGACGUGGCCCCAGAACGCUCGGUCCCGAGGAUUCCGACGUCGAUGGAUACAUUGGCCCUAACAAUGAUGUUUCCGGUGGCUCUUACAGAAGUCGAUCGGAGAGUCCCAGCGUUCUUUCCGAUGUUAUGUCAUUGGAUAGUUGCAGAUCAUCACGCGAAGCGUCGCCCAUUGAGACGCCCAUUGACAUCAGACCAUCACGCGAAGGGUCGCCCAUGGACAUCGUAUCCUCACGCGAAGGGACACCCCUCGAUACGCCCAUGGACGACAUCAGAUCAUCACGCGAAGGGACACCCCUCGAUACGCCCAUGGACGACAUCAGAUCAUCACGCGAAGGGUCACCCAUGGAUAUUAUCACCCAACAAGAACUUGCCGUGUUGCAGGCAGACGAGUCGCAGGUAGGCGACCGAAAUGCAGCGGUGCAAGAAGCACCAGUUACCACCCUUACCAUCACUCCCCAGCAAGCGGAGAUCAACGACAUGAUGGGAAACCAAAACCAGCUCUUUUACGAACUUCCAAAUGCGAACAGCCUAUACUUUGACGGUUGCAUAGAUUGGGCUCUGGAUGCGGAUGGGGAUGUCAUCAUGAUGAACGCCCCAGAUGAGCGUUAUCUUCUCACAAGGGGAGAGGGAAAAGCAAUCACAGACCGCGUGGCGAUCGCAUCUGCAACCCCAUUCCCGAGGAACCGCAACCGCGUAUUUAAACGGCAUGACCGUCUCACUGGGAGUCGUAAGACUUGGAGUAGUAUGACUUGGAAUCGUCUCGCUUGGACUCCUCUCGCUUGGACUUGUCUCACUGGGAGUCCUCGUCGUCGUCGUCGUCAGGCGCGCCAGAGGGUGAUUCAGUUCGUCAAUCCCCCAGCACCAGUCAACCUCCCGGUACCAGUCAACAUCCCAGUACCAGUCAGCCUCCCAUUGCCAGUCAUCCUCCCAGUACCAGUCAACCUCCAGUUACCAGUCAACAUCCCGGUACCAGUCAGCCUCCCAGUCCGAAAACGGGUUGCUGCCAUGACUGAGGGACCAAACCGCAAGAAGAGGAUCACAAAAGAGCUGGUGGAAGCCAACGGAUCGCUGUUGCUUCCCCUUGUCACAGUAUAUGUGAUGAACACAGCCUCGAACGUGCUAGAUGAGAGUGUGCCAGCUGUUUCGCAGCCAGCUCAAUCUGUGCAUGUUUCGACAGAGGAGGUGCCCACCCAGGCAGUCAUGAGUGAGCCAGCUGUUUCUCAGCCGACUCUGACUGUUAUGGAGCACACCGAGUCUGUUAUGACCGAGCAGGCAGUCAUGAGUGAGCCAGCUGUUUCUCAGCCGACUCUGACUGUUCUGGAGUACACCGAGACCACCUCGACCGAGCAGGUGCCUGUGCCCACUGAGGCAGCUAUGAGUGUGCCAGCUGUUCCCCAGCCGACUCAAGCUGCCCAGGAGGCCACUGAGCAGAUUCCUGCCCACGCAGCUUUGAGUGAGCCCGCUGUUUCUCAGCCGACUCGAGCUGCGUCGGAGGAAGAGGAGAGUCUCGAGACCGUGCAGGUGCCUACCAAGGCAGUUCUGAGUGUGCCAGCUGUUUCCAAGCCGACUCAAGCUGUCUUGGAGUCCACCGUGCCCGAGUCCAGUGUGCUUCAAUGCACCUCGCCCGCGUCAACUGUGUCCAUCCCAUCUGACGAAGUUGUGGGUGCGCCUGCUCCUAGUGAGCCAGCCCCAACUAAGUCAGCCCAGACUGAGCCAUCGUCAGCUGAGGGAAUUCAGAGUGUGCCUGCUGUUACUAAGCCGACUCUGAAUGAAUCAGACCUGACUUGGCAGACCGAGGACGAGCCUGUUGUUGGGAGCCUGCGGACCGGUACCCGUUCGCACCUCGACGUGUUGCUUGCGAUGCGAGCAGCAAGGACUCAAGCUCGUCCUACCAUCAUGUCUUCUCCUGAGGGGCUGCAGGUCACAGCAGCCUCUCAAAGCAACUCCGCCUCUUCCCUGGUCGCCAGUCCCGAAGACGCUUCGGUCAAGAAUGCCGUUGCAACAGGGACAGAUUCCCGUGCGGGGGUUUCGAAAGGCACCAAGAGGGUCGAGGACGCCAACCCGACUUGCAGCGCUCAACGGACUGCAGGAGAACAGCGGGAGAAAAUGGGCGGAGAAGAGGCAGCGACUUCUGGUCUUCAAAUGCCAGGAGCUUGGCCUUCCGACCCAACCGCUGUCACUGUGUCUGACGAGUCAGACAUGCAUGAGGGAUCGGCUUUGCUGAGGGGGUUGUGGACAGGAGCUGGUUGGGUCUCCUUUGGUGUAUUCGUCAUGGUGAUGGUGAUGCUGCUUUCGUUCCCCGUCUGGGCAGGUCACCUUGGACACCUCGUUUACGCCUUGGAGGGUCCCGAACAGUUCCUGGAGGAACUGCGGUGGGAGCACGGAUAUGAUGUUCCGUUCUUGGAGCGGAUUAUCUAUGUCUUCCUCCGUUGUUUUGCCGGAGAUCGGACUUUGUUCGGUUAA